AUGCAAAGACAUUCCUUUAUCGGCAGCUUUUGACUGCUACCAAGACCAUGCAUUUUAGAUGCCUUUGAGAAAACAGAAAGUAAAAAUUCAUUUAAAUGUUGUAAUUGUGAGUUAAGCUUUAGCAGUGAAGUAGCUCUUUUAGGCUAAAUAACUCGAUAAAAGCUAAAAUAUUUGCAUAAAAUAAGAAUUUAUUUAUUUAUCAAGAUAAAUAAUCAAUUUAUCAUAGAGAAACAAAUAAGCUUGAAUAUUAAAAUCCUCGUUUUAUCGAGAAAAUUUACAGUAAUAUCAAAAGGGAAAAAAAAUUUGUUUAUUCAUAAUAAAGAUAGGCCCAAUUACCCAGCAAAAAAAUUUUUCUUUAUUAGAAAAAGAAUUGUUCUAUUAUAAAAAUGCAAAUUCACAUAAAAGCAAGGAUUUCAAUAAAAUGAAAACUCCUGCUCUCAGUAAGAAAAAUAGAAUAAACCGACAAUGUAAUACCUCAUGACAGCAAAUAAGACACUAACUGAUGUCAUCAAAAUAAAAAUUAAAUUUCUUUUUCUAAAAAAACAACGGUUUAUUAUGCUCCAGAAAAAUUGUUAAAAAGUGUGCUCCUUAAAGUAUUUUGAUACCUAUAACUCAUAUAUAAUUAUUUGACACAAAUUACAGCAAAAUAGCCUAAUAUUUAUUCAAUCUGAGCUAUAAGCCUUCGUAUUUUAAUAAUAGAACAGUUCUUUUUCCUAAAGAAAGAAUGGCAAUUUCUACUGCAUAAUUUAUCUUUAUUAUGAUUAAAAAAUGUUUUUUACCGUUUGAUUGACUGUAAAUUUUCUCGGUAAAACGAGGGUUUUAAUAUGCAAGCUUAUUGUUUCUUUAUGAUAGAACUGAUCCUUAAUCUUGAUGAAUAAAUAAAUUUUUAUUUUAUGCAAAAAUUUCUUAGUUUUUAUCAUUAUUAGGAGCCGCUCUUUUAAUACACCAAUUUUCAAAUGGCACCAAUAGUGACAGCAUCACAACGAUCAAUGACCUCAUACAUACGAAGAGCUCCUCAGCCGGUGAGCAGGAAACAGCAAAUCAAGCAAUAGGCAUGGCUUUUACCCAGCUCCCUUUGCCUGCAUUCAAUGACUUGGACUCAACCCACUGCCAUAUAUGCAAGAAAGACUUCAUCUCGCCAAAAGGACUUCAUCAACACAUAGGAAAAGUUCAUGAGCAGGCAGAAAAGCAUGUGAAGUGUCCUGUGUGCGAAAAAGAAUUUAAACAUAAGCACGCAGUCAAAUUUCAUAUGACCCAAGUACAUGACAAAUCUACCAGAAUUUGCUGCAUCCAUUGUCAGAAGAUCAUAUACAACAAGUACCUGCUGGAUUUGCACUUGAACAAAUGUUCUAUGAGAAAUAGCAGUCCUUUUUAUAGCGCUCAAAAUAAUAUUUAA